GUAAAAAGGCCAAAAACCAACUUGCACACCACAUUCGGUCACUGAACCGAACCCCCGCAUCAAAAUGCUUGAACGCCUCUAAAAGCGAAAGGAACAAAUCCCACUACCUGCUCGACGAAACUCCCCAGUCAAAGAUCAGCAAUGGAGUCGAGCAUCUUAGAAUCAAUCGGCCAAGAAAUCAUCGGCGUGAUGUCCCCAGUCUCUCUUUGCAUGCUCUUAGUGGUCCUUCUGGUUUACGCCCUCUCACCUUCCAACCCCUUUUCCUCUUCCUCUCCCGCUCCCAUCCGUACAGCUGCAAAUCUCGUUUACCUCGAAGACCCAUCUGAUACCGCUGCUCAGAAGCUCGAGGGAGCGUUGCUCAAUGCCUUGGUCUUCGUUAUCCUCAUCGCUAUAGUUACGUUUGUUCUGGUGCUGCUUUAUUACUAUAACUUCACCAAUUUUUUGAAGAAUUACAUGCGAUUCUCGGCUUUUUUUGUACUCGGUACGAUGGGUGGUUCAAUCUUUUUGUCGAUAAUCCAGCAUUUCUCAAUUCCAAUUGACUCAAUUACAUGCUUUCUGCUGCUUUUCAUUUUUACCGUUGUUGGGGUGUUAUCCGUGUUUUCUGGUGGGAUGCCGAUUGUUUUGAGGCAAGGGUAUAUGGUAUCGCUGGGGAUUGUGGCAACAUGGUUUACCAAAUUGCCAGAAUGGACUACAUGGGCUUUGCUUGUUGCAUUGGCUUUGUAUGAUUUGGUGGCAGUUUUGGCUCCUGGUGGCCCCCUUAAGUUGUUGGUGGAGUUGGCCUCAAGCCGAGAUGAGGAGUUGCCUGCUUUGGUAUAUGAAGCUCGGCCAACAGUUUCACGCAAUGAGGGAAAUCAGCGAUCAAGUUUGGGGCUUCUUGUUGGUGGAGUUUCAGAUUCUGGGUCAGUUGAGUUGCAGGCGGUGUAAAAUAGUAAUGACUGUAGAGAUGGAAGUGAAAAUGUUUGCAGUUCUGAGUAUGCUGCUAUCCAGGUUAGAAGAUCAGAAAAUGUUGAAGGCGAAAGGUCCCCAUUGGUUGGUCAUUUGAGAGAAAGGUAUUCAUCAGAUACUAACUCAUCAGAGUAUUCUACUGUGGUUCGCAAUAGAGAAUCUGAGAUUGUUGUGGAUGAGGAAAUGUCUCCUCUUGUUGACUUGUUGGGGAUGGACAAUGAGAGAGAGCAGGCAAGGAGGGAUGGUACAGAGGAUUCAGUGAUAGCAAGUAGAGGUAUCAAGCUUGGUCUUGGAGACUUUGUGUUUUAUAGUGUUCUGGUAGGCAGGGCUGCCAUGUAUGAUCUAAUGACUGUAUAUGCAUGUUUAUCUUGCGAUCAUCUCAGGACUGGGUGCACUCUUAUUUUGUUAUCUGUGUGCCGCCGAGCACUGCCUGCCCUCCCAAUAUCCAUUACAUUGGGUGUCAUUUUUUACUUCUUGACUCGAUUGUUAAUGGAACCUUUUGUUGUUGGAACAGCAACAAAUUUAAUGAUGUUUUAACAAUCUGAUUCUGUUAUAUGGCAAGGGGAAGAAGAAAAAGGAGGUGCUUAGAAAAA